AUGCUGCGUAGAAAGCGUGAUCGCAAGAAUGCUGCCAAGGAAAAUGAAAUGGCAAUCGACAAGCCACUAGAAGCCAAACGAGCACCUAACAAGAACCGGCCACAUCAUGAACCACCAAUAUCCGUAGUCAUUACAGGUCAUUCCAAAGCUUCAGAGGACGAUUUGAUUAGUUUUGUUUGGAGAAAGGCAAAAGUGCGUCUUAUGAAUCUUGUUCUUACUCCUGCUUCUGCUACAGCAGUCGUGAAAAGUCAGGAUUUUCCAAAGCUAAACGGUUUGAAUGGUACAGCCUUUGCUGGUGAUCGAUUGGCCAUUAGAAGCAUCACUGGAUCCUCUCCUGCUGCUUCUGCAUUGAAAAAAUCAAAGUCGAAGCGAACUCGUCAGUUGGUUUCUUCAGGAUCAACUUCUGCUUUGCGUUCUCUUUCUUCUUCUUCAGCUCCGGAAAAAAGUCCAUCGGCACCAGCGUCUUCUUCUACAAAUGAAACCAUUGAAAAGCUAAAGCAAUUUCUUGGUUCUCGUUACCAUUCUGAAAGCAAAUUCCUAGAUCUAGGAAGCUUGCAACAGGAUGCUCUUUUAAGAGAAAUGGGAAUUCUAGCAGAAGCCUCUACAAAGAGCAAAAUGUUUCCUGCUUUAAUGAAGGUUGCAUCUCUUCAUUAUCCUGAUGUAGUAUCUGUCAAUUUAUCUGAUAACAACAUUGACUCUGUGUCUUCUGUCACCACUCUUUCACAAACUUGGCCUCGUCUGUUAAAUUUAAGUAUCGCAAAUAAUCGGAUUUCCACACUCAAAGACUUGGAGCCCUGGGCCCCUAAAACGAAAUUUCCGGAUUUGCAAGAGCUGGUCCUAGUAGGCAACCCAAUCUGCCAAACUACCUACGCAAACCAGGUUUUGCAAUAUCAAUCGGAAAUGGUUACAAGAUUUCCUAAACUCCGAUUACUAGAUGGGAAUCCAAUUCACCCAGAAGUUUUGGCUGCUCAUACUUCUCUACCCUUUCCGGCUUUCCCUCCCUUUUUUGAUAAACCAGAAACCCAGCAGCUCAUUUAUCCCUUUCUCGAGGCUUUUUUUAAAGGUUGGGAUACUGACCGUGCAGCUCUUAUUCAACAAGUAUAUAGCCCUCAGGCUACCUUUUCCGUCUCUCUAAACUCAAGCAACCUUCGAUCUAAGGCCGUUCCUUCUAAAUCUGAUUCACUGAAAUGGGGUAUUUACAAAAAGAAAAGCAGAAACUUGUUACAUGUCCGUUCAGUAGAUGAACAGGCAUCACGGUCGUAUGUUGGACAAGAAGCCAUCGUUGCUGCUGUAAAUGCAUUACCCAAAACUCGGCAUGAUAUGUCAGAUUCUUCUCAAUGGUUAAUUGAGGGAUGGAACUUGGUACUUCCUUCUAUUGGAAGCGCCAUAAAAAUAGUUGUACAUGGAAAAUUCGAAGAGCCCCAAAAUAAAAGCCUUACAAGGAACUUUGAUCGCGUUAUCAUCAUAUUACCUGGUGGAUCCACAGGUGUGUUAGUUGUCAACGACAUGUUGAUUGUCCGCUCCUAUGUUGGAUCUUUCUCUUGGAUCACUCAAACAAAUCCUAUAUCUACACCAAAUAUGUCAACCGCGCCAACGAAUGAUCAGCAGGCUGGUCCUGCUGCAUUACCCAAUCAAGAUAUGCAACAACAAAUGGUUUUGAGACUCAAGUUGGAAACGGGAUUGAACGAUCAUUUUUCUAGAAUGUGCUGCGAGCAAAAUAACUGGAACUAUCCACAAGCCAUGACUUCAUAUUUAGAAUUAAAAAACCAAGGUGUUAUUCCGCCAGAGGCAUUUGCUUAA